AUGGCGUCGUAUAGAGGAGGCCAGCAGGGUGGCGGAUACAACAAUAGAGGGAGAAGAGGAGACGGGGGGAGAGGAAGAGGAGGCGGUGGAAGGGGAGAUAAAAGAAAAGUGAGCUUUCACAGCCAACAUGAUGACAGAUGGGAUGAUGGUCCUUCUUCAUCUGGAAACGAUGACUACAGGAGUUCUAACAGAGGCUACAGAGGUGGAAGAGGAGGACGAGGAGGAGGAAACAAUGAUCAGGGUCGGUGGACUAGAGGAGGUGGACCAAGGGGGCGUGGACGAGAUCGCGGAUACAAUGACCGAGAACGUGAAGAUUACGGUAACGAAAGAGGUGGCUUUAAGUCUUUUAAGGGAAAGAACAGAUAUACUCCUUAUGAUAAAAGCCCACCUGGAGUUGGUGGAAUGAGAAGUUCGGGCGGAGUUUUUGAUAGAAUUGGGCCGAGAGAGCAAAGAGGGCGUGGCUUUAAUCGUGAUCAGUCGGGCGGUCCUAGACGUGAUGUUUUUGGUAGAGGACGUAUGGGCAGUGACAACAGAGGGAGGGGCUGGAGAAAUGAUAGAUACGUUGAGACGACUGGCGAAAGGAGAGUUUAUAAUAGAACGGAUAGUGACAUGAUGGAGGAAGACAGCUCCAGCAUAUUACUAAAAGUCCUAGGUCAAAGAUAUGAUUCCAUUACCAUGUCUCUCAAUCUUAGUGACAUGUUUCAUGAUCCUACAUUACAUGAACAUAAAAUCCGUAGCUCGAUGUUUGAUGCUUCAUUUGUUAAUACUGUUCUUGAUCUUGUUGCAACACAUUGUCCUCAAUUGGUUGCUCUUAAUCUUAGUAACAACAGAUUGCAAAGGCUUCAAGCUUAUUCUAGUCUAAGAGACAAGUGCCCAUCUAUAGAGUCUUUAGAUCUUUCAGGAAAUGAACUACACAGUCCUCAAGAGCUAGAGGCCAUUGCCCCAUUGCCUAGUGUGAAGUCCUUAAUUUUAGAAGGGAAUCCUUUCAGAGAUCAAGAGUUCAGUUCUUAUGCAAGCGUUGUCAGGAAGUACUUUCCAAAUCUAGAACUGCUUGAUGGGAAGCCAUUACCUGAUCCUGUUAAAUUUGAUCUACCAACCAACAUAGGCACCAUACCUCCUUCUCAGAAAGGCUAUCUGGUCAAUGAAGACAUUAGAUCACUUGUAGUCUCAUUUUUAGAACAAUAUUUUUCCCUCUAUGAUGGUGAAACUCGAGAUAAAUUAUUGGAGGCUUAUAGUGAUAAUGCUGUAUUCUCUUUAUCUGUUGACGUGUCUCCACAGCAAAGGGGCCCACCCUUGCAGCAGUAUAUGUCAUCUAGCCGUAAUUUGGCGAGAGUCAAUGAUCCUGGCAAACGGUCUUCUUUAAUCAAACAUGGCCGCAUCGAUAUAGUUCAGUUUUUAAGACAGUUUCCGCAGAGCUGCCAUAUUUCUAGCUCUUUUAGUGUCGACGUCAUGAAAGCUAAUCCAAUGUGCACUGGUUUUAAUGUGUACGGUCUAUUUGGAGAAGCUGGUAGGAUGGACUCUCCUAUCAUUAGAGCUUUUACGAGAACUUUUGUUAUUGUUGCAGCUGGAACAGGUGUGACUCAAGAAGUGGUGGUAGUUUUUAAAGAAAUAUUUUUUUUGAUUGGAGCACAUGUAUAUACUGGUGAUUUUGGAGGAAGACUCAUUUUUAUGUUAAUGGCAGCAACCUUCUCUUCUUCCAGCUUCGUUGUUGCUGGAGUUUGCAGUGUAGCCAUUAAAGAAAGGACCUCUAAGAAUCCAAGUUUCUUUUGA